CACAGCUCUACCACAGCAUCUAACAAUGCAGCAACUCAACUCAUCCAACAGCUCACUCACCACUCCAAUCCCAACUGCAAACCUGGUUGCCAGUAUUGUAAUGGCAAUUUGCUUCAUACUGGGAGUCCCUGGGAAUAUCGCUGUAGUGGUACGUCUGGCUGGAUGGCUGAAGGGAGGCAGUUUCACCCCGAGACUGAUGCUAAGCCUGGCCAUAUCAGAUCUGCUCACUCUGCUUUCUCUGCCAGUUUGGAUUUGGUCUCUUCUUCAUGGCUGGGUCUUUGGCUUGGUCCUGUGUAAGCUUCUCUCCUAUUUGGUGUACUUAUGCAUGUACUGUAGCAUACUGUGUGUGGUUCUGAUGAGCGUUCAGCGAUAUAUGCAAGUGCUGCAUCCUCAGAAAUGGAACAAGCUUGGCAGGAAAGGAAAGAAGAUCCUCUUGAGUGGACUUUGGAUCUUAAGUGGAGUAAUAUCAUCCUAUGCUCCUGUACAGCGCACUGUGAGAAGAAACAGGGAAGAACGGUGUCUGUGCAAACGAGACGAUCAGAAUUAUGUUCAACGAGUGGCUACUUUAAUCUUGGAGAUUAUAACAUUCAUGGUUUCAUUUCUCAUACUGGCUUGCAUGUACUUUCGUCUUCACCGGAGAGUUAAUAACUCAGCUUUCUUCAGCAGUAACUUAAUAACAAAGCUGGUGACCAGAAUUGUGGUCUGUUUCUUUAUUUUUUGGAUUCCAUUUCACAUCAUCAACAGUGUGAUCAUCAUUGCUGUGUUGCUUCGGAAUGACAGUCUGUUAAGAUCUAUAGAAGCUGGUGACAAUAUUUCUACAGCUCUUAUUUUCAUUAACAGUUGUGUGAACCCCUUUCUGUAUGCUUUCUCUGCUCGGGCUGUACAGCAGCACGCAACUGGAACAGAAAAUAUUUAAUUUCUUCAUGACGUCAAGGUUUGAGAGAGUUGAUCGUUUCUUGCUGACAGCCAGUGACUUGUUGCAUUUUAAACGGAAUUGCAUAUCAUUUUUCUUCUUAUAGAAAUCUAUUGUUAUUGUCAUUUGUUUGCAACUUUUAAAAGAGUAUUUUAAGGGGGUUCUUAUGACCUCCUUUGUUCAGGAAUUUUUGACACUGUAAUUUUUGGUAUCUUGACUCUGUAAACAAUGUAUUUGCCUGCACAAAAACCAAAGGACUUCACACUUCUGCUCAAGCUUUCAGUCAGUUUUUAAAUAAAUGAAAGAAUGAAUGAAUCAAUGAAUGAAUGAAUGAACUUUAAUCUUUGCAGAUGCUAAGUGCCAGCUCUCAUGCCAACCCUAUCCUCUUUCUCUGGUAAUAAACAUUAAAUCAUGA